CGAGGGUCCAGCGGCCCAGUGCGAGUCCAGAUAUGAGAGUCGGCGAGAUGCUGUGCGAGGCGGUCCGGCCGCUUUUUAUCCUCUUCCUCGUCAUCGCAGUCCACGCCAAUGCAUUACCUCUACAAUAUUUACCAGAUAUUCCGGGCUAUGUACCUGUUUAUAUAAGAUACGGUGAUCAGCCAUUAGAAGAAAUUAAUCCAACUCUAGCUGAAGCCUUCCACGAAUCAAGUAGCAUAAUAAAGGUAAGAUUACAUUAGAAAUGAAAACAAUGUGAUGAGGAGGUAAUCAUUUUGCAUU